AGCGUCAUUUCCGGGGACAUCAUCUGACGUGUCAAACGGUUUUCCACCGGCUUUGGGAUUUUACUUGGGGGUAUUUAUCAUACGUAUUAUUAUUUCUGAUCCGUGGUGACAAGAUGCUGGAUUUCUUCACCAUCUUCAGCAAAGGGGGGAUAGUGCUGUGGUGUUUUCAGGGAGCCGGGGUCACUGAGUCUUUCACGGGGCCAGUGAACGCUUUGAUCCGCUCGGUCAUCCUGCAGGAGCGAGGUGGGAACAACUCAUUUACCCACGAAGCUCUGAGUCUGAAAUACAAACUGGACAAUGAGUUCGAGCUGAUUUUUGUGGUGGGUUUUCAAAAGAUCCUUACGCUGACGUAUGUGGACAAGUUUAUAAAUGAUGUCCAGCGUCACUUCAGGGAUCGUUAUAAAAACGAGCUGGAGCACAAAGGUGCCAUGAAGCUUCUCAACAGCACCUGUGAGUUUGAAGAGGCCUUCAACGAACUCCUCAGGAUGGCCGAAGAGAGCAGUAAGAGCCGAAGCCCCGCUCCCAUGAGGACCUUCAAUAUGUCCGAGAAAUCCCAGAAAACUGUGAAGUCCAUGAUCGAAACGAAGGGUGGGGACAAGGGCAAGGAACAGGGGGGCAAAAAGAAUAAAAAUACUAAAAAGGGGGCUCCUGCAGCUGAGCCUGUCAAAGUGGAUCAGGGAAAGGCUCCUCCCACUGACAAGAAGACCGCCGUGAACGGUACCCAGGACCUGACUCCUGAGGAGAUCCUGCAAAGAAACAGAGAGAACUUUAUCCGCAAGCGCACGAUGGGAACCUCUGACAAACAAAUCAUCAAGUCCCCAAAGCCUCAAAAGCCACGAGAGAAACAGAACCGUGUUUGGGCCAACGCUGGCAGCAGCACCAAGGAGCUGGAUUACAGCUACAAGAAUGGAGCUGAUUCUCCUGAUGAUGGAGAAAAGAAUCUGGAGGCCCAGUUUGGCCCGGAGAUGCAGGUGAGCUCCAUGAAAGGAGACCUGCUGUCUGUGGACUACGAGUCCAGUGAGGAGGAGGAGAUGGAGGAAGAGGAGGAGGAGGAGGAGGGUGUGGUCGUCAGUGAAACGAGCAAGACGAGCCCCAGAAAAGGAGGUGGUUUUGGGGGAAUGUUUGGGAUGCUGAAGGGUCUGGUGGGCUCGAAGAGCCUGUCCCGGGAGGACAUGGAGCCGGUGCUGGAGAAGAUGAGGGACCACCUCAUCGCGAAGAAUGUAGCAGCCGACAUCGCCUCCCAGCUGUGUGACUCUGUGGCCAAAAAACUGGAGGGGAGAGUCAUGGGCACAUUCACCACUGUGGCCUCAACAGUAAAGCAGGCCCUGCAGGACUCCCUGGUGCAGAUCCUGCAGCCCAAACGCAGGGUGGACAUCCUGAGAGAUGUCAUGGAGGCGCAGCACCAGCGGAGGCCUUUUGUCAUCACGUUCUGUGGAGUCAAUGGAGUUGGAAAGUCUACAAACCUGGCAAAGAUCUCCUACUGGCUGAUAGAGAACGGUUUCAGCGUGCUCAUCGCAGCCUGCGACACGUUUCGUGCCGGAGCUGUGGAGCAGCUUCGCACUCACCAGCGCCGCCUGAACUCCCUGCACCCCCCAGAGAAGCAUGGCGGGUGCACCAUGGUCCAGCUCUACGAGAAGGGCUACGGGAAGGAUGCAGCUGGGAUCGCUAUGGAAGCCAUUUCCUACGCUCGGAACCAGGCUUUUGACGUGGUGCUGGUGGACACGGCUGGGCGGAUGCAGGACAACGCCCCCCUGAUGACCGCUCUGGCCAAGUUGAUCGCUGUCAACGUGCCAGAUUUAGUUCUGUUUGUCGGGGAAGCUUUGGUGGGCAACGAGGCCGUUGAUCAGCUGGUGAAGUUUAAUCAGGCUCUGGCCGACCACUCCAUGUCGGAGAAGCCCCGCCUCAUAGACGGGAUCGUCCUCACCAAGUUCGACACCAUCGACGAUAAGGUGGGUGCAGCCAUCUCCAUGACCUACAUCACAGGCCAGCCUAUUGUGUUCGUGGGCACGGGUCAGACCUACAACGACCUGCGCAGCUUGAACGCCCGCGCCGUGGUCGGCGCCCUGAUGAAGGCCUAGACCCGCUCCACCUUCAUUCACCGGUUCUGAGAAGCCGACCGUACGUGUUCCAGAACCGCUGCCUGCCCACGCUCGUGUCCUGCCCCUCUGUGCAUCAAACAAAGGAACUCGAUUCUCCAAGUGCAGGGCACACAUCACACCUCAACAGAACGUGUCCUGACAGAACCAGAACCUCCCUUCAGAUUAUUCGUUCCAGCCGUUGGGCCAAAUUAAAACGCACCUGAAAAUCAGCUGACUAAAGACGUUCGAGCUGGACCUUGACUGAACCACCAGGUUACACCCAGAA